ACUGUAUUUAUUGACUUGACUGAGUAGCAAACUGGCAACCCCAUAGUGCCCCCCACACAGCUUAGCGAAAAUCAAACAUCCCAACUACUACUACUGCUUACCCGCCAUUUCUUUCUAUUCAUUAACCAUGAAAAGUCCAAAUACCCAAUUUUCCGGUGGUGGCCGGAGAUCUAGUUCCGGCGCUGUAUCUAUGUCUUCCAGCUCCGUGGGUUCCCGUACAUCUGAUCGUCUUCCUCAUUCACCUAGUUCAUCCAACUACUCCUCAACUACUACUGCAAUUUCUCAAAAGUCAAAUUCCGGCAGGAAUCCGGUCAUAUUCGCCGUCAAAUCCAUUGCAGAAGCUUUUGCAUCCUGUUUCACUCCGCCGGAGCCUAAAUCUUCGAGUACUAAUUUUGGUGAUUCCGAUUCAUUUAAAGCUCCUUCAGUUGCAUCUGAUGGCGGAAGGAAGAAGAGACACAGUAGCAGUAGCAGUAGAGGUCGAAGCAUCUAUGGUAGUGAAAAUAAUUCAAUUCAUACAAAAGAGGCAGGGAGUAUUAAAUUCAACAUGGAAGAUAUUUAUAAGGCCACAAAGAACUUCUCCCCAAGCCUUAAAAUUGGUCAAGGAGGUUUCGGGAUAGUUUACAAGGGUUGCCUACCGGAUGGAACAGUUGUUGCAAUCAAACGCGCCAAAAAUAAUAUACAUGAUAAACACUCGGGAGCUGAAUUUCGAAGUGAGGUUCGAACUUUAGAAAAAAUAGAACAUCUAAAUUUAGUGAAGUUUUAUGGGUUCUUGGAGCAUGGAGAAGAAAAGAUUUUGGUUGUUGAGUAUGUCCCUAAUGGAACUCUUAGGGAACACUUGGAUAGUGUCAGUGGAAAUGUUCUUGAUUUCGCGUCAAGACUAGACAUCGGAAUAGAUGUAGGACAUGCAAUUACAUAUUUGCAUAUGUAUACAGAUCACCCUAUUAUCCAUCGAGACAUCAAGUCUUCCAAUAUUCUCCUCACUGAAAACCUUCGAGCUAAGGUGGCCGAUUUUGGUUUUGCUAGGCUAGCAGCUGACACUGAGUCAGGAGCCACACAUGUUUCUACCCAAGUUAAAGGGACAGCAGGAUACUUAGACCCAGAAUACCUGAGUACCUAUCAACUUACUGAGAAGAGUGAUGUCUAUUCAUUUGGUGUUUUACUUGUGGAACUUGUUACUGGAAGGCGCCCAAUCGAGUCAAAAAAAGAAAUCAAAGAGCGCAUUACCGCAAGAUGGGCAAUGAAGAAGUUCACCAGUGGAGAUGCAAUCUUAACUUUGGAUCCAAGGCUAGAAAGAUCUGCUGCAAAUAGUUUGGCCAUGGAAAAAAUUUAUGAACUAGCUUUGCAAUGUUUGGCUCCUCAUCGACAGAACCGGCCUACCAUGAGAAAGUGUGCCGAGAUUCUAUGGAGCAUCCGCAAGAAUUACAGAGAACUAGCAGGCUGAAAUACCCACUCUCUCUCUGGACUCACGAGCACCCUAUUUGAAGAGUGAACAGAAUGUAUGUGUUUUUAUGUUGUAUGUACACAUAAAAGGUAAGGGACAGAGAAUGUAUUUCUGAUGAUGAGAAAGAUAUCAAUCAAAAAAAGACAAGACAGAUUUUGGUCUGAUGUGAUAGUUGCAUUGAUAUUGGAAUGUAUAGGGAGAAAUGAGUACAUUGUAAUUCAUGGAAAUCUGGGCUUUUGGCAAAGAAUUUUGAAGGGGCAACUGUCUAUAUCAUUGGCUUGUAAGUUGUAUGUAUGUAUGCAGUGAUUUAUUUGAGAAGGAAUCUCAAUAUAACUUUUUGGUGUUUUUCUUAGGAAUUGUAUAUCUGAGAAAGUGCUUCAAAUUUCA